AGACAAAAAACAUAACCUAAACAACAAGCCAAGCGAAACUGACAUCAAUGUUUACAGUUAUUUUAUAAACUAUACAGUUAAUUUAUCCUCUUAAAAAACCAAACGUCCAAUUUAUCAUAGUAAUGGCUGAUUUUUACAUUAGAUAUUACGUUGGUCAUAAGGGUAAGUUUGGACAUGAGUUUUUGGAGUUUGAAUUUCGCCCUGACGGCAAGCUCCGGUAUGCCAACAAUUCCAACUAUAAAAACGAUACGAUGAUCAGAAAAGAAGUUUACGUCCACCAAUGUGUUAUGGAAGAAAUCAAAAGAAUCAUUGUCGACUCGGAAAUAAUGCAGGAAGACGACUUAUUGUGGCCGCCUCCCGACCGCAUUGGAAGGCAAGAACUUGAGAUUGUGAUCAAAGAUGAACACAUUUCUUUUACUACCUCAAAAACUGGUUCUCUAUUAGAUGUGAGUCAGUCCAAGGAUCCAGAAGGUCUUAGGUGUUUUUAUUACUUAGUUCAGGAUCUAAAAUGUCUUGUAUUUUCUUUAAUUGGUUUACAUUUUAAAAUUAAGCCUAUAUAAAUAUUAAGUUUAUUUUGUAUUUAAGGUAAAUGAUUUUGAGUGUUGGAUAAAAUAAAAUUUUCUAAAUUGUAUAAUUUAAUCUUUACCAUUUAACAACUCUUAUAAUAAUAAAAUAGGUGUAUG